AUGCUGAAAUUGACUCAUAGUUUUUGCAGAUACUUGAUGCCCGCAUGUGAGAAUAUCAAAUAUAACAUAACACAUGUGAAAAAGUUCUCACACAUAAGUUGUAGAAGAAAGACAUGCAGUUUUGUCUCCAGUCAAAGUUCAUCACUCGUACCAUUCACUCCCAUCAAUCAACAGUGGAGACUGCUAGCUAAUAUAAAGAAGAGGCUACGAAAUAAGAAGCCAUACGCUAAUGCAAAUGUAGGAAAGACAGUCAAGCCAAUGAGUGAAUCAUUUCAGCCAACUCUAAAUCAUGUCAGUUAUGGCGGGCACUUUGAGAUUGCUUCAGAUGAUGAUAGUGAUGGUUGGAUUCAAUUUGAUGAAUCAGGAUCAACAGAAAGUGAUAACAUAAAGAAAUGUGAAGUUCCCUCAGAUUUCAGAGUAUGGGAGCCAGUGAACAAAAGAAAUGACACAUGUGAUGGAAAGAGUUUUAAGUUUAAAAUAGUAUCAUACAAUGUUUUGGCACAAUAUCUACUAGAGUGCCAUCCCUACCUAUACACACAGUGCUCACCAAGAGAUCUUAAAUGGAAAGUUCGGGCAGCACGUUUAUAUGAUGAAAUUGUUAAUCUUCAACCUGAUAUUUUGUGUCUUCAAGAAGUACAAGCAUCACACUUGAAAAGUUUCUAUUCGAAAUUUGAAGAUAUUGGCUACUGUGGUGUAUUUAAGCAGAAAACUGGGCAUAGGCAGGAUGGCUGUGCAAUUUACUUCAAACGUUCCAUGUUCCACAUGGAAGACCAGAUUAGUGUGGAGUUUUACCAGCCAGAUCUGCCGCUGCUGAAUCGCGACAAUGUGGGGAUGGCGCUACGCCUGGCGCCCCUGGGGGCUCCGGGCGCGCCACUUGUGGUGGCCACCACGCAUCUGCUCUACAACCCCAAGCGCACCGACGUGCGUCUCGCCCAGAUACAACUCUUCCUUGCCGAGAUCGACCGCUUCGCCUACUACCAAAACGGCAACCAAUCGGGGCACUAUCCCAUAAUCCUGACCGGAGAUUUGAAUUCGCCGCCCGAUAGCGCCGUCAUUAAACUCCUGGACAGAGGCCGUGUUAGUGCAAGUUCGUUCAGAGACAGUUCCGACUGGAGGAGAAUCGGUGUGACGGAUAACUGCCAGCACUUGUCUGUAUACCUGAACAGGCUGAAGGGUGCCGGCACCGACGCCACUAUGAUUAAGAUCUACAACUCUGAGCAAUGCGGGAGUCCAGCAGCCGACUACUCGGCGAUUAUCGACGCGGAACACGGUGCGUUGUUCAACAGCGGCCAGUUGGGACACAAUCUCGACCUGUUGUCCGUGUACACCCAGCGCAAGCCGGAUGGCAGCCACGAGGCCACCACCUUCCAGGAUUAUUGGCUCACCGUCGACUAUAUAUAUUUUAGUCGUUGCAGCACACUGAAGCUAUUGGAGCGUCUUCGUUUGCCCACGGCACCAGAGUGCGCAGCGAUAGGGCCCCUGCCCAACCACGUGUACGCCUCCGACCAUCUCGCACUAGCUGCGAUCUUCGAACUGAAGCCGCUCAGCGCCAACUUAUAG